CUCAACUCUUCAGGAAAUCCGGAUCGGGAUACGUUAACGGGGUAGGUACAGUGUACAGAGCAUUUUCCUACCUUCUGUGUCUUCGCCCUUGUUCCCACUCUCCAGACGGAGACCGGAUCGACGACACACGCAUCGCCCAGCGUCACCAGAAAGCGCCGUUCCUCCUUCCAAUUCCCAGUUCCCGGCCUCCGUGAAGCAGUCUAACCCCGGGGUCCAUCGACUCGCCGCCGAAAUGAAGGAGACGGGCGGCGCUGCCGUGGCGGCGGAGCUGCCGGUGGGGCAGAAGCUGAUCAAGGUGAUUAGCAACGUAUGCUUCACCGCCUUCGUGUUCUCCGUGCUAGUCUUCACCGUCAUCGCCGUCACCUACCAGCCCCCCGACCCCUGGCUCCAGUCCACCGCCGCCCUCACCAAGAACCUCGCCGCCACACUCCCCAACGCCACCUUCGCCACCGACGAAUCCCUCCUCCCCACCGGCGAAGACCUCGUCUCCCUCCCCCCCAACGCCUCCCUCCUCUCCCCCUCCGCCGCCGCGCCGCCUGUUGCCUCCGCCCCUGACGCUGCGGUCGCCUCCUGCGACCCCGACGCGCCGCUCAACUGCUCCGAUCCCCGCGUCCUCGUCGCGAUCCGGCGCUUCAACGCCCGGGUCUCUUUCCGCCGCUCCAUCAUCUUCCUCGGCUACGAGACCCCCGUCGCCGGAUCCAAGCCCGACGAGUGCGACGGCGCCUGGCGCUUUCGCAACCGGAAGGAGAAAUCCUGGCGCCGCUACAGGGACUACCGUCGCUUCCGGCUCGCCCCCGCCGACAACUGCACAUUCGAGGUCGUCUUCGCUGGCAAAUUUCGCUCCGGCACCAACGCCGCCCGACGCCGCACCCGCCCAUCGUCGUCCUCUUCCGCCACCGCCCCGGCCGUCCAGAUCUCCGACGCCGAGAUCAACGACACGAUCCCGACACUCGGAUCCGAAUCAGACUUCCGGAAGGGGCGUUAUCUCUACUACACUCGCGGAGGAGACUACUGCAAGGGGAUGAAUCACUAUCUCUGGAGCUUCUUGUGCGGCCUCGGGGAAGCGCAGUUCUUGAACCGGACCUUCGUCAUGGAUCUGAGCAUUUGCCUGGCUGCCACUUAUAAUCCUAGUGGCCGAGAUGAGGAGGGCAAGGAUUUCCGGUUUUACUUUGAUUUCGAGCACCUCAAGGAGUCGGCGUCGGUGGUGGAAGAGGGAAAUUUCUUACGGCAAUGGCGGUGGUGGGACCGCACGGCUGCCCAGAAGAAGGGGGGCGGCCGGAUCGGGGUUCGCAAGGUGCCCACCUACAAGGUCACCCCAAUGCAGCUCAAGAAGGACAGGAGCACGAUCAUCUGGAGGCAGUUCGAUGGGCCGGAGCCUGAGAACUACUGGUACCGUGUGUGCGAGGGCCGGGCUGCCAAGUAUGUGCAGCGGCCAUGGCAUGCCAUCUGGAAGUCAAAGCGGCUGAUGAACAUUGUCACGGAGAUCGCCGGAAAGAUGGACUGGGAUUAUGAUGCCGUCCAUGUGGUCCGCGGGGAGAAGGCUCAGAAUAAGCUGCUGUGGCCUAAUUUGGAUGCUGACACAUCCCCGGAUGUGCUUGUGAAGAAGCUGGUGAAUGUAAUUAAACCUAUGAGGAACUUAUACAUAGCUACCAAUGAGCUGUUCUAUAACUACUUCGAUAAGCUGAGGUCGCACUUCAAGGUGCAUUUGCUCGAUGAUUACAAGGAGAUGUGGGGGAACAAGAGCGAGUGGUAUAAUGAGACAAUGGCACUCAAUGGUGGACGGCCGGUGGAGUUUGAUGGGUAUAUGAGGGUGGCAGUGGAUACAGAGGUGCUGUACAGGGGAAAGACGAGGGUCGAGACAUUCAAUAACCUGACCAGGGAUUGUAAGGAUGGGAUCAAUACGUGUUGACCGGUGCAUAAGGAGAGCAUGGAGGGAAGGGAAACGAGGACAAUGUAGGGAUUCUUGGUCAUCCCACUGUAAGCUUGAUGAGGUAUUAAACUGAAGUUUAUGUGCUGUUCAUUUGAUUCUGUAAUUGGAAAGCUGAGAAAUUUCAAUCUGUAUCUGUUUGUUGUAUUUUGUUUCACGUUCAUUGUUUCUGUCAUCAUAAUGUAUUGGUCCAUAGAUUUGUGUGUUCUUGUUGCCUUAACUCUCUUCUGUCAUGAUCUGUGAUGUAUCUUGGAUUCCAUUUAUUGGAUAUGAGAUGUAAGUUUGAGAUGCCUUUUCUGUUUUCA